AAGUCCUAUUUGUACACACCUGCAAAAACUGUAGCAUUGGCUUGAAAAAGCAUGUUAUUUGAAACGAAGAAGUUUUUAGACGAACGAAUUCAAAUAGGAAUCAUACCAGCGGUUUUCAUUGGAUAUUGCAUCAAAAAAUUCCUUUUCAGAACAAAUACAGCACGCAAAUGGAAGUCUCCGUUCGCAGAAGAUUCAAGAACUCCCUUAACUCCAUUGAUUACUGACCAUGCCAAACGCGAUGAAACCAUGAAAAAAGCAUUCACCAAGAAACUUGCUAACGAAAAGAAAUGGGAUGCCAUUGUAGUAGGUUCAGGAAUCGGAGGAUUAUGCACCGCAGCGCUCCUCAGCAAAGCUGGCAUGAAAGUUCUUGUUCUUGAAAAGCAUUACAAGUGCGGAGGUGCUUGCCAUACUUUUAAGGACAAUGGUUACGAAUUCGAUGUCGGAAUACACUACGUCGGCAAUUUUGUUCGCCCUACACUCGUUAGAACUUUGCUGGAACAAAUCAGUGAUGGACAGAUCAAGUUUGCUAAAUUUGACAACAACGUAGAGCGUGUAAUAAUGGACGCCAUGUCCCCAUUGCAGCGAGAACACACUAUUUCUUCAGGUCCCGAUGCCUUCGAAAAUCAACUGAUUAAGCAAUUUCCUGAUGAAGCUCAAGGAAUAAAAGAGUUCUUUCGUUUACUUAAACGGGCAUAUAACCCUCGAGGAACUAUGACUUGGUUUGCAGUCAAAUUAUUACCACUCUGGUUCAAUAAUGUUCUCCAGUUCUUUGGGCUGCCAUGUCUCUUGAGCGAUUUCUAUGCCUUGGGUGAACGCUCAGUUAAAGAAACCGCCGAGACUUUGACAAAGAAUAAAGACUUGCAGUUUUUAUUAUCCUACUCCACUGGCGGAUUUCUCGUCCCACCUAGCCGCGUUGGCCUACCCAUGAUGGCUCUGCUUCACGUCCACUGCUGCGAAUAUGGGUCUUGUUACCCAAUCGGUGGAGCUUCGGAGAUGCCAUAUCGUAUUGUUCCGGUCAUUGAGCGAUCAGGUGGUCGAGUUCUAAUGAAGGCUAACGUUUCUCAGAUCCUGACGGAAGGAGGCAAAGUAAUAGGUGUACGAGUUGGCAACAAAGAAACAUCGAUGAUUGAUAUUCACGCUCCCAUUGUCAUUUCGGAUGCAGGUAUGCACAACACUUUGCUGGAUCUCCUUCCGGAAAAGGUCGGCGAAAAGUCGCCUGCCUGGCCACUAAUAAAGACCAUCAGACCAUCGUAUGGGAACAUAAGCAUCUUUAUCGGGCUCCGAGGCACAGCUGAAGAAUUAGGUCUCACUGCGCAAAAUAUUUGGGUCCACGCGGGCUCGGACAUGGAAGAAACAAUGAACAGAGUAAUGAUGACAACUCUUCAGGAAACACUGGAAAAACCUUAUCCAGCUCUUUUCCUUUCGUCCUCGGCGGCCAAAGAUCCGUCGUGGAAAAAUCGCUAUCCAGAUCGUAGCACGUUAUCGGUCUUAGCGUUUGCCCCAUAUUCUUGAUUUUCUCAGUGGUCCGGGCUACUGACAAAAAAGCGAGGCGAUGAUUACAGUAUUACGAAAAAUGCACUCGGACAACAUAUCAUCGAUCAAGUGACUACUCUCUUUCCAAAGUUAAAGAAUGCCAUAGAUUACGUUAGCGUCGGUACCCCGGUUACCAUUGAGCACUUCUUAGUCACUAAACAAGGGGGCACGUACAACAUGGAACACGACAUUACUCGUUUUGGGGCGGAACAAGCUGCGCUAUUGCGACCCGAAUCCGGCAUUGAAGGAUUGUACUUCACUGGCCAGGAUGUGACGUCGUGUGGAUUAGCAUCUUGUUUGUACAGCGGCUUCCUCUGUGCCAGCGUAGUUUUGAAGAAAAGAUACCUUCUUUCAUGGGAACUCUUUAAUUUACAUAGGAAACUAUAUGGCAUACCUAAAGACAGAAACGAUUUGUGUUUUUAAUUGCACAGCCUUUGCAAUUUUCAUGUAUUGAAUAUUGCUGUUGAGCUAAUAAAAUACUUUCAAGCUA